GGGUGGUAGCUGCUUUGCUUCGAUCGGCUCUCUCCCAACUCUCUCCCUCUCUCUCUCUCUCUCUCAAUGGGGUAUCUUUCCUGCCGCGCCGAUUCCUCCAUCGCCACCUGCCGCUCCGCCUCCGCCGUCACUACCUGUCAGAAGCCCCAAAUAAAGAAAGGCCUGAAGGCCCGGCAGAUCUCCGAUCUCGAUCCCAGCGGCAACUUAACCCACAUCCGCCAAUUCGACUACCAAGAGCUUGAAUCUGCCACCGGAAACUUCUCCGACGAAGCCCUCCUCGGACGUGGAAGCCACGGCACUGUCUAUAAGGCGGUUCUCCGAUGCGGUCGUCCCGUCGCGGUCAAGCGCCCCUCCCGCCGCCAUUUCCACCUUUCCUCUCCCUCGCCCCCUCCGGCAGGAGCCGCCGCCCCCACACGCAACGAAGUUGAGAACGAGAUCGAGAUCCUGUGCGGCAUCCGCAGCUCAAGGCUUGUCAACCUAAUCGGCUUCACCCCUUCCACCCCAGACUGCAAGGAGCGGCUCCUGGUGGUGGAAUUCAUGCCCAAUGGUACGCUCUACGACCUUCUUCACUCGAAUCCUCAUCCACCUGGCUGGACUCGUCGCCUCCGACUCGCGCUUCAGACGGCCAAAGCCCUCAACACUCUCCACUCCGUGCAGCCGCCUGUCAUCCACCGCGACGUCAAGUCGGCAAAUGUAUUGAUCGAUCAGAACUUCAAUGCUCGGCUCGGGGAUUUCGGUCUCGCCCUCCGCGACGAAGAUAAUGCUAAAUUCCCCUCGUCUCGCUCGACUCCACCCGCUGGCACGCUUGGCUACCUCGACCCUUCGUACGUCACUCCCGAAAACUUGAGCACCAAAACAGACGUAUUUAGCUUUGGGAUCUUACUUCUUGAGAUAAUGAGCGGCCGGAAGGCAAUCGAUGUCGCCUACUCUCCGCCUUCGGUUGUGGAGUGGGCCGUCCCCUUGUUGAGAAAAGGGAAGGUCGCCACGCUUUUUGAUCCUAGGAUUGCACCGCCCAAAGACCCGGUGGCGAGGAAGCAGCUGGCUUCCCUGGCUGCGAGUUGCGUAAGGUCCUACAAGGAGAUGCGGCCUUCCAUGCAGGAAGUGGUGGAGCAGCUCAAGGUGUUGAGCAAGACAGUCCCUUCUAGAGCAUGGAAUGCUCUCUCGGUUGGCAACCCAUGCUCGGUGGUUGAUGUGGAGAGGACCCUUACCAAACUGAAUGCUAGUAGCAUGAAUAAAGAUGAAAUUUUGGGUUCGUGUUCUAGUAUCCUUGCAGACCAGGAGCCAAUUUCCAAGGAUAAAGAUCUACCUGUUGUUGUAAAGAAACCUGCAGUGUUUCUGAAACAAUCUCGUUCUUUAAGAGCAAGGGAUGCUCUCUCUGAGAAGACAAAAGGAAGAAUAAAUCUGCUGGAUCUCAUGGCUCAACCUAAUGCACCACUAGUUAAGGAAUUGACACCAUCUGUUAGUGGUAACAAUAGUUCAACUAUCAGCAGGGCUAGGACCUUGCGAGUUGUUCAUGAUUUCCAUGAGACUGAUGCAAUUUUUCAGUUGAGGAACCGAAGUAUGACAACGAACCAAUUAAGACCGUUCUUCUCAUCCAAUCUAUCUAUCAAUCCAAAGAAUAGAUUGGAUGAGAAGGCUCAUGGUCAAACUAAAGGUUGAUUUAACCUCAAUUGGUUUGUCACAGACCAUGUUUGUUGUAUUCAAUAUGUACUAUUGUUGGAUUAUCAUUUUUUUCACUAGGGAGAAAACAUAUUCUUCUUUUCUUA